AUGUCCGGAUACGACAGAGCUCUCUCAGUAUUCAGUCCAGAUGGGCACGUCUUCCAGGUUGAAUAUGCCAUGGAGGCAGUGAAACGAGGAACUUGCGCCGUCGGUGUCAAAGGCAAGGACAUUGUCGUUCUCGGCUGCGAAAAGCGUUCCGCCCUCAAGCUCCAAGAUACCCGUAUUACUCCUUCCAAGAUCGCUCUGGUCGAUGACCACGCCUGUCUUGCUUUCGCUGGACUGAAUGCCGACGCCCGUAUCCUCAUCGACAAGGCCCGCCUAGAGGCCCAGUCCCACCGUCUGACUGUCGAGGACCCCGCCAGCAUCGAAUAUAUCACAAAGUAUAUCGCCAGUGUCCAACAGAGAUACACACAGAGUGGUGGUGUCCGUCCCUUUGGUAUCAGUACGCUCGUGGUUGGCUUCGACAAGAAUGACGGCACGCCGCGGUUGUACCAGACCGAGCCGUCCGGUAUCUACUCGGCCUGGAAAGCCAAUGCCAUUGGUCGUUCCAGCAAGACUGUCCGCGAAUUCCUUGAGCGCAACCACCAGGAGGACAUGGACCGCGAGCAGACAAUCCAGCUGACCAUCAAGUCCCUGCUUGAGGUUGUGCAGACGGGUGCUAAGAACAUCGAGGUCGCCAUUAUGGCACCCGGAAAGCGCCUCGAGAUGCUGCCCGAUGACCAGAUCGAGUCGUAUGUGAAGAGCAUCGAGACCGAGAAGCAGGAGGAGGCAGCCAAGAAGAAGACCCGGACAGGGACCACCACAGCAGCCAUUCUGACCCGGCCAGGUGGCGGCGAGUCGGCCGAUUAA